AUGUCAAGUGAGAAAAGAAUCCAUGACCUUCCAGAUGAAAUCCUUGUAGCAAUUUUUUCUUACUUAAAUAUAGAGGAUUUGGCAUUAAAUAUUCGCAAUGUUUGCCACAGAUGGAGAGCUGUGGUACAAGAUUCAAGGAUCUGGAGGUCUUUGAAAUUCAGGCCAGUUGAUGAAAUGGCUAAAGAGGAUAGAAUUAUUGAAAUAUUGAAAGGUUCUCCUAGUUUAAGAUGGCCAGUGCCAUGGUAUUUGUAUACUAGAAAGAUUUUGGAAACUCUUAUAGAUUAUUGUAAGGAUGUCAGAGAACUUUACAUUUCUGAAGUUGAAGACAAUUUAGUUCGCAAACUAGUCAGAGAAUGUCCCAAUGUCGAAUCUCUUGAAAUAGAUUAUUUCAAAUUUGAAACUACCAAAUCUUUAGAUAUUAUUAGUGAAUGCAAAAAUUUGAAGCAUGUUAAAUUAUCUGGUUACGGUUCAAAUGAGGAAGUUAACUUAUUUCAAGCAGUGGCAAUUGGUUGUCCGCUUCUUGAAUCUUUUAAUGUACAAUAUUUUACACAUUACGCUUCUAAUGAUCUAGUGUAUUUCUUACAAACAAAAGGUAAUAAAAUCCGUGCAUUGUCAUUGCGAUGCUGCUUUUUCCAUGAAGAGAAGUGUAUAAUUUCGUCCAUUAGUUUCUGUACAGAAUUGGAAGCUUUGACAAUUGAUUCACAUGGAAAAUAUGAGGCAUAUAAUUCUGAAAAUGAGAUUGCAUGGAAUACAACAGAUUUCAUUAUUUAUUUUGUUACAAAUCCUGUCCAUAAGCUGAAAAAACUGGAUCUUUUAUCUUUUGGAAGUUUUGAUAAACAACUUGCAAAUGCAAUUUUUGAGAAUUGUGUCAAUUUGCAGGUUGUGCACUUUGAAAAAAUUAAAGGUCUGACAGAUGAAUGCCUUGAGUCCAUAUUUCUACUUAGGUCCAUGACUUCAUUAAUAUGUGAUCAUUGUUCAUCUAUUACAGAUAGAGGUGUAUCUUACAUUGUUAAAUGCACAAAUUUGAAAUUAUUGAGUCUAAUGGGAUGCACCAAGUUAACUAAUACAGCUUUUGUGCUGUGUUUUGAUCUCAGAUUGUUGGAAAAGUUGGUGCUGAAUGUUCCUCGCUUGUACUUUGAAGAUAUAAUAAUGAUUCCAGAACUCUUAAAAAAUCUCAAGUACUUGCACAUUUCUGGUAAAGAUGGCAUAGACGAAGUUGCUCCUAAUUUUUUUAAGCAAAUGAUGCCAAAGUUAAAUCUUGUCAUUUCUAAUUCUGAAUAA